AUGAAUCAUUUGAUUAAAAGUGGAAUCAAAUCAUCAUCGAUAGCAAUCAAUCGGUCGAGUAGUAAUCUAUUUCAAAGAUCACUUGUUGUUGGUAGACAACAGCAACAUUCAUUCUCUACGGGAGGAGAAGAAACAAAAGUAAAAGCUAUAUAUGAUCAAUCGAUACUUCAAAAUUAUGAAAGCAAGGUCAAAGAACAACAAAAACAACCAAAAAAGACAUCGUCUACAUCAAAUUUUGUGUCAGUCACCAAUCAACACCCAAAGUUGAAAGAGUUUAUAGAUUCAUUGCCACCAGCAAGCACCUCUGAUGCAACUACCAAGUUCCCAACCAAUUUCAACAAACCAGAGAUCACUACAUUGCCAAACGGCAUCAAAGUCAUCAGUUUGCAAAGACCAGAGAGUGCAUGUGCCAUUGGAUUAUACAUCAAAGGUGGAUCAAACUAUGAAACUGAAGAUAAUAGAGGUAUAUUCCAUUUAUUAGAGAAAAUGGUUUUCAAGUCAACAGAGAAUGAAACAUCAUCAGAGAUUGCAAAGAAAUAUGAAAAUAUAUCAUUGAAUGCAAUGUCAUCGAGUAGUAAAGGUGUGAUGCAAAUAUCACUUGAAGUGUUGAGAAAGGAUGUAGAGUAUAUAUUAAAGUCAUUUUCCGAUCAGAUAACGUGUCCAUUGUUUAAAGAGGAGGAUAUUGAAGAGCAAAAACAAAACUGCGCCAUGUCUUAUGACAUGAUGAUCACGUCACCAGAGCAUCUCUUGCCAGAGAUAUUACUCAAUGUGGCGUAUGGAGAUGAGGGAUAUGGACACCCAUUGAUUGUACCACCAGAACUUUUGGAAAAGAUUGACGCCAAGGCGUUGCGACACACCAUCUCGACACAAUAUGUGGGCAAGAACAUUGUCAUUGCAGCGACUGGCAUUGACCACCCCACACUCGUCAAAUACGUGUCACAAUACUUUUCAUCGAUCCCAUACACAUCGCAGGUGGUACAAGACCAACAAAAACAACAACACCAACAACAAAACUCGACCAUGCUCAACGACGCAUCCAACAGCUUCUUGUUGGGAUACAAGGGAGGAUCGCGUUUCUUUGAUGCGGCACCGGGUAUGGACCAAAGCUACUAUUUGGCCUUCCCGGCACCCGGUCUACGCUCCAUGGCACAUUCAAACGAUGUGUUUAUCGCAUUUGUCUUGCAGACGCUGUUGGGUGGAGGAUCGGCCUUUUCAAGUGGUGGUCCAGGCAAGGAGGUUGAACGUGCCAAGCGUCAACAGAAAUCGCUCAUCCUCAUGAACCUCGAAUUGCGUGGCGUGAUUGUCGAUGAUAUGGCCCGUCAACUCUUGACCACCGGCGUCUGGCGUUCACCCGAUGAGAUUUGUCGCGGCAUUGAUUCAGUCACCAUCCCCGACAUUCUCAAUUUCAUCGACCGUCUUACCAAAAAUACUCCAUCCAUCGUUGCUCUCAUUGGUGACAAGGAUAAAGCUCCAAAUGUUAAAGAUCUUAAAAAUAUUAUUGGUACUAGUGUCAAGAAAGUAAGGAUGCCUUCAACCACAACAAUAGUUAGUAAUAAUAGUAAUAAUAAUAAUGGUGAUCAUACACAAACAACAACAACAACAACAAUAACAUUUAAUGAUAUAUUCAAGAUGACAUAUAUCAGAUCAUUGAUAUUCAAUCACGUCGAUCAAAUUUUCAAAGUAGAGUAUGAUCAUUCAAACAAAGGUGGUGAUAGACAACGAUCAUUAAAAGGAAGAGAUAUCAUCAAGUUACCUUAUCUUGGAAUGAUAUCAAGGUAUGCAAUGCCAUUACAGUUCAUUCGUCAUUAUCUACCACCAACCGAUCGGGUAUUACCCAGAAGAAGAGUAGAGGUUAUCAAUCGUUAUCAUCGUAAUGCAACUUUGGACACUCUUGAGCAUCUAUUGGAAUUUCCAAUAAUAAAUGAUCCAGAUGCUGGUAGUAGUAAUAGUACAAUAGCAAGUGGGAAUAAUACUACGACGAGCCAGUGCACCGAUUUAGACAAUAGUUUACAAUCACUAUCAUCAUCGACAACAUCAUCAUCACUGGUUCAAUUAAAUAGUAGUAUUAAUAGUAGUGGUGCAUUAAAUAGCAGUACUUGUAGUACGAAUAGUACCAGUAACACUACUACUACUACUACUACUACUAGUAGUAAUAAUAAUAAUAAUGCACCACCAACAAUGCAACAACCACAGGGCAUUAUCGGUAAUUAUAUCAUUGUUAAAACAAUUGGUAGAGGUCAAUUUGGUAAAGUUAAAUUGGGUUAUCAUAGAAAAAUACCAAAUGAAAAGGUUGCAAUUAAAAUUAUAAAUAAAAGUAAAUUGGAUCAAGAUACGCUAAGAAUGGUUCAAAGAGAAGUUAGAAUUAUGAAAUUAUUAAAUCAUCCAAAUAUUAUAAAAUUAUAUGAAGUGAUUGAAACAAAUAGAGCACUUUAUUUAAUAAUGGAAUAUGCAGGUGAAGGUGAAGUGAUGGAUUUUAUGAUUGCACAUGGAGUGUUGUCAGAGAAUCAAGCAAGAACCUUUUUCAUUCAAAUCGUAUCUGCCAUGGCAUAUUGUCAUAGCAAGAGAGCCGUUCAUCGUGAUUUGAAACCAGAGAAUCUACUACUCGAUACGAAUCGUCAGAUCAAGAUUAUAGAUUUUGGAUUGAGUAAUGUCUUUACUCCCGGUUCCUAUUUAAAGACUUUUUGUGGGUCACCUACCUAUGCAUCACCUGAAUUGAUCCUUAGAAAAGAGUAUAAUGGUCCGUCGGUUGAUAUAUGGAGUAUGGGUGUAGUUUUGUUUUGUGUUGGUCACUGGUUAUCUACCGUUUGA